AUAAGAGACGAAAGGGAAGGAAAAGAAAUAAACAUAACAGAAGACGUUAGAAGGAAAGAGAGGAGAGAAGGGAGAAGCAAUGGCCAAGGACCCGACGGAGGAAAUCCCAGAUGACAGUUCUCAUAGAAGUGAGCUCGAGCUGAGGGUCUCUGCUGCGGACGACACUGACCCCGAGAAACUCAAGCAAGACCGCCACAAUGGCGGCGACUUCGACGAGGCGCUGGAACUCUGCGGGUCUUGGGGUUUGUGGCAGAAACUCGUUUUCUUCAUCGCGGAUUUCUCUCAAGUCUUCUGCGCCAUCCACGCCGUGUCUUCAGCCUUCCUAAGUGCCACGCCGGAGCACUGGUGCCACGUGCCGGGCAUGAACGCAGGGACCAAGGAACAGGCGUCCCUCCUCAAAAACAUUUCCAUACCCUGGGACGAGGAGGAGGGUUUCUCCAAAUGCACUUACUACGACCACAACUACACGGCUCUGGCCUCGUACCUGUCCGGCGACUCCUGGCAACCCGAGGACCUGCAGGAGCACCUGAGCAACAACACGAAGACCUGCACCUCCUGGGUCUUCGACGACUCCGUGUUCCUCUCCACGCUGGUGUCUGAGUUCAACCUGGUGUGUGGGCGCCGCUGGAUGAUGGCCACCGUGCAAGCGUCCUACAUGAGCGGCCUCCUGAUCGGCUCGCUCGUCAUGGGCCAACUCUCGGACAGGUUCGGGCGCCGCACGAUGACCCUUUACUGCGCUGUGGCUGCGACCGUCGCGGGAAUCUGCGCCAGUUUCGUGAACACGUACACGUUCUUCCUUGUCAUGAGGUUCGUGAUCGCGUUUCUGUGCGCGGGACUCAUGGUCAUCACUUUCGUGCUCGUCACGGAAGUCGUCAGCCCCUUCGCCAGGACGCUGACGGGGAUGCUGUACGCCUUCUUCUUCGGCUCCGGCAUCGCCAUCCUGCCCGGCAUCGCCUAUUUCAUCAGGAGCUGGAGGAACCUCGAGCUUACCAUCGGGAUCAUCUCGGCCACGCUCAUCUCGUACUACUGGUUCCUCCCGGAGUCCCCGCGGUGGCUGGCGUCGAAGGGAAGGACUCAGGAGGCGCUCAAGAUCAUGAAGUCCAUCGCCAAGACCAACGGGAAAAUCCUUCCCUCCGACGAACACAUGCUGGCUCUCAUCUCGAGGGGGAGAGAGCAGGGGCAGACCAAACCCGAAGAGGCCGACAACCCCGCCAGCCAGACGGGCGAAGGAGGCGCAGGAGGAGAGGCGAGCGGGUGGUUCUCGGGCCUGGUGGCGAUGGCCAAGAACCAGUUCACCCUCGUGCGCACCCCGGUCAUGAGGCGCCGUUCCCUCAUCUCCUUCCUCGAGUGGUUCGUCGGCGCCAGCGUCUACUACGGCCUCAUCUUCUCAGGCAGCAACAUCAAGGCGGAUCCGUUCCUCAUGAUCUUCGUCUCGGGCGUGGUCGAGCUGCCCUCCACCAUCAUCUUCAUCUUCAUUCUGGACAGGUUCGGGCGGCGGCCUACCAUGUGCGGGCUUUUCCUCGUCUGCGGCGCCUGCUGUCUCCUCAUCCUGGCGGUCCCCCAAGAUAAGAUCUACAUCAAUUUCUUUCUGGUGAAUCUGGGCAAGUUCUUCGACACGGCGGUCUUCCAGCAGUCCUACAUCUACACGUCCGAGCUCAUGCCCACCAACGUGAGGAACAUCGCCGUCGGGACGUCCUCGAUGUUCGCUAGGAUCGGUUGCGUCCUCACGCCGUAUGUCAUCGAGCUUUUGGGUGACGUUCACUACGCUUUCCCUUCGACACUCUUCGGUAUCUUGUCCGUCAUGGCAGGUCUUCUCACCCUCCUGCUGCCGGAGACCAACAAGAAGCCCCUGCCGGAAACCGUGGACGAAGUCGAAGCCAUGGGCAAAUAAAAUGAGAAAAGGCCGUGGCCACGAAACGAACACAGAUAAAACUUUGCUCAAACUUUUCUGUAUAUAUAUAUUUUUACUAAUUAUUUUAGGCUAGUGGUGUUUUGUGUAAAAAAAUGUAAUACUUGUGUGAUAUGCUAAAUAACAGUUAGAUAAAUUUACGAAGUUUACUGAACCUUCAGGGAUAUGCAGUAGAAUGACAUGAAAUAAUUAAUCUGUACGAGUUCUGUCCGAGCGGAAGGGCGUCGAGGACAACAGGAACUUCUAGAAUGUUUGUGGAAGAGAGAUUUGGCACACUGAAACACUAAUAGAAUUUUGCGGCGAGAUGGACGACUUCUAGCCACACACGUAAACAGGAAAUGCAAUGUUUGUG